UAGCAAUAUGGAGAACGCCCCAACCUCCGAAGGGAAAGACCCUUCUGUCUUUUUGAGUGAGAUCAUCGGUGCGCCUGUGAUCGUGAAGCUGAACUCGGGAGUGGUAUACAAGGGCGAAUUGCAAUCAGUUGAUGGCUACAUGAACAUUGCCCUCGAAAAGACCGAGGAAUACGUGAACGGAAAACUACGACGAAACUACGGGGAUGCUUUCGUGCGCGGAAAUAACGUACUCUACAUCUCUUCCAGUUAAUCCGAAAAUACACUGUAC